AGAUUUUAUUUUGACAGGACAAAAAGAGGAAAUUGCGUCGUAAGGGCCGCCGGGUAAACUGACAUUAGCGAACAAAGCGAAGGAAAUCUGGGGUUCCCACUUACAUAAUGGUGGUUUAAAUUGAAUAGUUUUUAUAAACCAUAGCUAUUUUUAUUUCUUCACCUAAUGCGCCUGAUGAAAAUGGUACUUAAAACCUAUUUUUCAUUUGAAAAUAAAAGUGGAACGCCAUAUAAUGAAACUACAUGUCCCAUGAUGCAAUUCAACGGAAGUGUCCUAUCUCAAAUUUAAACGGCUAGGUUCUCCAGGAACCAAAUUUUAAGGCCGUCAAGCGCUUUUUGGCUCACAUGUCCGAUUCAAUGAGGCUUUAUUGGUUUUAUACGACAAGUUGUAGUCACAGAGUCGUUCAUAGUAAUUUCUUGGGUCGCAAUGUUAAGUUUUUGACUGACUUUUCUGUCUGUUUUUAGUUAGCAUUACCAUGUAAACAAUGGUAAGUUAUUGCUAGCAGAGCUCAGGAUGCUAAUUCCGAGUCAAUAUUUUUAUUAUGGUGUUUUCCGGACGUACUCAAACAUGAAUUAAGAUUUCUCGACCAAGAUACCAUUGUAUCUUUAUUCAUUUAGAAAUACGUCGUUUGUUUUUUUUUGAAAAAGAAGCUAACGCUAAAGCAAAACAAAACCGGGUAAGCAGACCACCAUAAUGACUCUCGCUCCGAAGGAACUGUCGAACCUGCUGAGCAUCAUCUCGGAGGAGGCUUGCUCCAACACCUUCGAGAACCUCUCGACUCACUUCCACCAUUACUUCGGGAAGGCAGAGCACUUCAGGGUAGGCUCGGUGUUGGUCAUGCUACUCCAGCAGCCCGACCUGCUACCAAGCUCCCCGCAGCGGCUCACCGCCCUCUACCUGCUCUGGGAGAUGUACAGGACCGAGCCGCUGGCUGCCAACCCGUUCGCGGCUGUGUUCGCCCACCUGCUGAACCCCGCGCCGGGAGAGGAGCAGCAGGAGAAGGUGCUGUCAGGUUUCCUGCCACCCAUCACCCAGCCGGAGAAGUUCUUCCUGUCCCAGCUGAUGCUGGCGCCGGCCAGAGAUCUGUUCAAGAAGACGCCCAGACAGGUGUCCUGCAUGGACAUCACCAACAUGCCCCAGUCCAUUGACAUCAGUGGGCUGCAGCUGGCUUUAGCAGAGCGUCAGUCGGAGCUGCCCACUCAGAGCAAAGCCAGCUUCCCCAGCAUUCUGAAUGACCCGGACCCAGACUCCUCCAACUCAGGAUUCGACAGCUCCGUAGCCAAUCAGAUCAUAGAGUCUCUGGUCACGGGGCCACGGCCGCCGCUGGAGAGUCACUUCCGGCCGGAGUUCAUCCGGCCCCCGCCCCCUCUCCACGUGUGUGAGGAUGAACUAGCGUGGCUGAACCCGACCGAGCCGGACCACAGCAUCCAGUGGGACCGCUCCAUGUGUGUGAAGAACAGCACAGGCCUGGAGAUCAAGCGCAUCAUGUCCAAGGCCUUUAAGAGCCCGCUGUCCGCCCAGCAGCAGUCCCAGCUGCUGGCCGAGCUGGAGAAGGACCCCAAGCUGGUGUACCACAUCGGCCUGUCGCCGGCCAAGCUGCCCGACCUGGUGGAGAACAACCCACUGGUGGCCAUCGAGAUGCUGCUGAAGCUGAUGCAGAGCAGCCAGAUCACUGAGUACUUCUCAGUGCUGGUCAACAUGGACAUGUCGCUGCACUCCAUGGAGGUGGUCAACAGACUGACCACAGCCGUGGACCUGCCUCCAGAGUUUAUCCACCUCUACAUCUCCAACUGCAUCUCCACGUGUGAGCAAAUCAAGGACAAGUACAUGCAGAAUCGGCUGGUCCGACUGGUCUGCGUCUUCCUCCAGUCGCUGAUCCGAAACAAGAUCAUCAACGUCCAGGACCUGUUCAUCGAGGUCCAGGCCUUCUGCAUCGAGUUCAGCCGCAUCCGCGAGGCCGCCGGCCUCUUCCGCCUUCUGAAGACCCUGGACACCGGGGAGAACCCCCCCGAAGCCAAACCGACCAAAUGAAGAGCCGCACAGAGACACAGCACCACCUUGAGAUGUUGGGAGAAUAGCUUCCUGUUAAACAGCCACAGUGAAAUCAGCAGCUCCUCACUGUGCUCAGAGUAAAUAGUGUAAAUAUAUUUUUUUUUUAAUCGGACGUGAAGUCUUUUGACUUGCAUCUCACCAUCUCUCUGUGUUUUCUCUCUUCCUACAAAAGUAAAAAAAAAAAUUCUGCUUUUUGUCUCCUGAAUUGAUUUUAUUGCCAACUUUUUAAACUUAUCUCAAAACUCACUUCCUAAAAAAGUUGAGAAAGCUGCAAAUCUUGUGUCAAAUCAAGAACCAGUGACUCAUUUAAUGACUGCAGUUCAUAUGUGCUAAAUGCUAAAUAAGGUGAAGAUGAGUGAAUGAUCAGGAUGAUGUCACUUACUGAGGAUGGCGGCUCAGAAACACUGAUGGUUUCACUUCCUCCCACAAAGCUGAAAUCAGAUUGUUUCCAUGGAGACAUACAGUCAGUUCUUUGCAGAAUUGCUUUAAUUAAUUUCAUUCAAGUAUAAACAGUCAAAGGUCAUAACAGCAGCUCAGUUGGAUUUUAAGUUUACACUUUGACUAGGCCGCUUCAAAAUCCUAGUCCUGCUGCAUAACCUAAGCUGGGUGUGUUUGAGUUAAUUUGUGGAGAGGAGGGGAAGUUUUAUAUUCUUUUGUACACAACUGUGUAUACUUGUAAGUUUGCUAACUUGGAUAGGAAGAAGCAACUUAAUGUGACGAAAAUAUCAACCAUGAACUUUUACGUUAGAGAAGUUAAAAAUGGAUUUAUGUAACUAGGUGAAAUAUUAUUUCAGGCUGGUGCACCUCUCAGGUAAGCUGUUUGAGGAAGGAAGUCAUGAAUGGUACCCAAAGUCUGUCACUGAGGACCAGUAUGUGACAUGCUUUGGGUCUUUCAGGUUCAGCACACCUGAUUGAAAUGAUGGGUUGGUACCAGGAUCCAGCAGAGCUUGAUGACAUCUUGAUGAAGUAACUUAAUUAUUUAAAUCAGAUUUGGUGGAGCAGGAAGACAAUGAAGCAUGAUGAAGUCCUUUCUUUCAUUGGCUGCUGCUUUGUAACCCUGAUGACCUUCCAAAGGUAUUCUGAAAGACUGAGGCCUGGACUAGUAUCACCUUAGCGCCAGUCUUCACUGUACUUCACUUGCUAAGGCCGGAGUCUAACGGGCGCCAUAAAAACUAAGGUUAUAAAAUAAAAAAAUUCUACACUAAUUUAAUGGAAUGCCAAAAAAUAUUAACGUCUAUAUUUAAAAAUGAUACUCUGCUUAGGUGUUUGUUCCUGUGCCCCACAUUUCUCCGUUGAUCACGGAAAGUCUCGCUCUGCGUGCUGCGUAGCUGAGUGACGUAAAUUUUGUAACGCAAGUUACAUGAGUAACCACUAUGUUCAAAACGGCUCAAAUUGCCUGGCGCUCAAGAAAGAGAAACAGAAAGGUGACAGAAACAUUGGCACAGUAAAG